AUUUAUAUUUCAUAACGAUCUCCAAAUUUUAUUUCUCUCUCUCUAUUACUAUGUCUAUCAAAAUCUAGGGUUUUCAAAAAAUCCGUGCUUUCUAUAUCCGAAACCCUAAAUUUAUAUUCAAAUUUUAGCUUUUUAGGGGUUUCGAUUUCUUCUCAUUAUCCCCAAUUUUGGAACUUUUAGGGUUUUCCCAGUUUUGAUUCACCUUAAUUUCUUAAAUUUGCUUCAUUGAGAAAAAUUAGGGUUUUUAGGGCUUUUGAUUUGCGUGUGAGGGUUUUCACUAAUAUUUAUUUGUUUUAGGGCUCCAAAGGUUUGAAAUUGACUGCAAUUGGAGUUUGAUUAACUUUUAAUUGUGUGAAAGAUUGCGUUUCUAUUGCUGCUUUUAGGGUUUUGGUUUAAUGGCGAAAGUGGGUGAAGAGGAAGUUGAAUAUGAGAGUGAUCCUGAGGAGGAAAAGCGUUUGCUUGGAAUGAGAAGGCGCGAAGCGUCCAGUGAUGAUGAGGAAGAUGAAGUGGAAGAGAAGCAUAGAGUGGAUCGGAGGGGUCCAAUUCGCUCUGAUGAAUCGGAUGGUGAGGGUGGUGCUGCUGAUUAUGAUGAUGAUGAAGAAGAAGAAUUAGAAGAAGAAGAAGAAGAGGUAUAUGAAGAAGAAGAGGAAGAAAUUUAUGAGGAUGAAGAGGAAGAUGAUACUCAUGGGAAUGAGAAGAGAGUAGGAGGAAGAGAUAGUGCAGUGGAGGUUAAGGAGAAGGCUGAGGAGGAUGGAGUAGAGGAGAAAGGAAUGGAGGGCCGUAUGGAGGAGGGGGAAGAUGAAGAGGGGAAAAAAGAGAAUGAACCAUUUGCUGUGCCUACUGCUGGGGCUUUCUAUAUGCAUGAUGAUCGUUUUAGAGACAAUGCUGGUGGUCGACACAGGCGAACAUAUGGUGGAAGGAAGUUAUGGGAGUCCAAAGAUGAUAAGAAAUGGGGGCAUGACAAGUUUGAGGAGAUGAAUUUGCAGGAAAGGCACUAUGACCAGGGGAGGAGGGGUUCUAAAGGCCAUUAUCAAGCUCGUGGUGGUAAAAAUCAAGGUCCAGACCGUGGAUAUGCAAGAAGGAGCAGAUCUAAAGCGUUCAGCAAUGGCAACAAUCAGAACCAGGCUCCAAAAGGUGUGAGAGGGAGAGGGCCUAGAAAGUAUGAACCCAGAUGGAAGAGGAGCAGCCAGAGCCAGCCGCCUUUAACACAGAACAAACAGGCUGAGAAAUCUUUUGAGAAAACUUCACAUGGAAGUUCAGGGAGAGUAUUCACACCAGCAUCAAAUACAGAAUCUGAUCAAGUACCUCCUGCUAGAAAAAAUUCAAGCUUGAGUUCUGCUUCUCCUCCUUUUUAUCCUUCUGGAUCAUCAAAUAAAGAUGUUACUUUGACUCAGAAAAGGGAUGUGCAAGUUGGAAGUACAAGCAGGAACCCUCCCACUUCUGUUGUAGAUGAAAGUUUCUCUAUGCAGCAAGCCAGUGCAUUGAUGAGGGGAAAGAAUAUAGCUGAUUCCAUUGGUGUUGACAAGCUUUACAUUGAUGAUUCUGUUAAUUCAACUGCUGGUAAGCCCUUAAACAGUAUGCAAAUGCAGCCUUCUGGUUCCUCAUUAGCGAAUACCAUGCAAUCCUCUCAGUCUAGAGCUCAAGGAAGGGGUGUAGCUAUUUCAGGACAGAUGACUUAUCAAUCUAACCCUCUUCAAAACCAAGUCAACAGAGUGUCAUCUGCAACACAGCCCCAUCCUGUUCAGCGGAAUCCUGCUCAAAAUCGUGUCCAACCUUCUGUUCAAGCUCCUGGCCUGCAGUUGGGCCAGCGGUCUGGCAGUGGAUCUCAAGCUUCUUCGCCACCAAAUACAGCUUUGUCAAUAAAUUCUUAUGAACCUGGAGAUGCCGAAAAUAGUUCAGAAUCAAGUAAAUCUAGAGGUGCAUUGGUUGGGAAGGGAAAAGGAAGUAUUCAAGGAAGUGGAAGAGGUUCAUUUAUGUAUGGUGGGGCACAAGUUAUGGGAGCCACUGGGAAUAUGAAUGUUGGUCAUGGUGAUCAAAACUUCCCUGGAGCUCCAGCCUUCUUGCCAGUUAUGCAAUUUGGCGGUCAGCAUCCUGGUGGUAUUGGUGUCCCUGCUGUUGGCAUGGCAUUUCCUGGAUAUGUUGCUCAACCUCAGCUUGGUUUAGGGAACUCAGAAAUGACAUGGCUUCCAGUUUUGGCUGGUGCUGCAGGAGCCUUAGGGGCCACUUAUUGUUCACCCUAUAUUGCUGUUGAUGGUGCUUAUCAUGCUCGCCCAUCUGGACAGACAUCUUCUUCGGGGUCUUCGAGCAAAGAAAAUAGUACUAACAAGUCCAGUAAUGAGUGGAAGCCUUCACAGAAACCUGAGAUUGUGAAUGAUGAGUUUGGGCAACGACAAAAGCCUCGCAGAUACUCAGAAAUGGAUUUCAAGCAGCCAAGUACAAGUACUUAGAUAAGAUGAAUCUUAUUUGAAUAAGCAGAUAAAAGGCCCUUGAUCAGGCCCUUUGUGUUCUCCAGCAUAUGUUCUGGAGUGCUUUGGGCCGCAUUACAUUUCAGGAUAUCUUAGUUAUAUGUGACAAACACCUGCUCAUGCUGCAGUCAAUUUGAGAACAUAAUUGCGGCUUGACGGGUGGAAGUUUCUUGUUUAAAUGUGCGGUUUUCUUGUGGCUUGGUUUUUUAGUGAAGCUUGAAACAAAUGUAUGCAGGCUUCUCCAAGAAAGUAUAUGCUAAAAAUUUUCAAAAAGAACAAGAAAGUAUUGGUGCAGAAGCUGUUUGCUCGGGGACGUUGAGUUUUCCUAUUUAUAUAAGUAGGUGGUGUUUGAGUUUUCCAUCGGACUUUGAUAACCUUAACUUUGUGGUUGAGUCUGGUUUCGAGAGAUACAUUUUAAUAUGUGGGAUUUUUAUUUAGUAAAAAAGGACUGUCUACUUUAUGAAGUACUGCAGGGUAGAGAAUUUAUUUGUUCGAUGAACACACGUAUUUGUGUUGGCAAAUGCUGCUGCUUUUAAAGCUAUGGAAUGUGGCUAUGAUUUUUAUAGAUA